CUGACACACUCAUCCCGAAUGAUGUAUAUCCACUUGAAUCCUCAUUAUCAGCAUAUGUCCAGAUCAGAUCCAACGUGACUUCGUCCACAAUGACGCUGUCAACAUCAAUAGUGCCUUCACCAACUUCCGCAUCGUCUUCAGAUCACAGCCUCCCGCGUCGCAAACAGCGUGUGUCUGCUGAGCACACCCUGAAUCGCGUCCGGGAAAAUCAGAGACGCCAUCGCGCCCGCCAGAGAGACCAUGUAGUAUCUCUAGAGCUAAAACUUGCGGAGACCGAACGACAGCUAGCAGCCACAAAAGCAGAAAUCGAAGCUCUCAAAGCAGAAAGAGACACCGCUAAUGCUUUUGCAUGCUACGAUAUCUCCAAGCACUUCGAGCGACUGGAUAGUGCAGUCGCGAUCGGGUCAUCGAGCAUCUUACCACUUGGCCUGUCAUCACCGAGUACGGUACUUGAUCUUCCGAUGUCGAGUAACGCCACAGAGCCCACGCUCAUCGCCACAUCUUUCCAGCUGCUCCUUCCUCCUAUGCCAGUCGUCGGCCCACCACCGUGCUGCACCGACACUAUUCUCACAACAUCCACGCCUUCUGAACCAUCAGCAUCUCCGCUUAUUAACGCGACCCCAGGCAUCGCGGAUCCGGAGUGCUCGACCUGCAAGACGAGACCUUCACCCAGCCCAUCGGAAAGCACGACGCUCUGCGCGCAGGCGUUUGUAAUGAUUUCGCAGCAGAAUGUCCGCAACAUGGAUCCAGAGUUGAUUCGAAUGUGGUUAAGCCAUGGGUAUAGGCGCGCGAUGAGGGAGGGUGAGGGAUGUAGGGUUGAGAAUAGAACGUUGAAGGGGUUGUUGGAGUAUAUCAGUGGAGUUUAAGGUGGGGGAACAAAUUCUAUGGGAGUUGUUUUUGCAUUGGUCGAGGGUGUUGAGGGUUAAUGAGCUGGAGCUGAUUGCGCCGGUCGACAUCCCUCGUCUCGAUGGUCAUUUGUAUGUGGGCAUUGCAGAUUGCAGGACUCGAUCUGCAAGGCUGGAUCACAUCUCCAGGCGACUCUGUGAACCUUACACCAAUUCACACACGUCUGUAUCAUGGCAGCCAUUGUAUUAUGACAAGGAGAGUCUGUUGUUGGUGCGAGGCUUAGGGCGAAAGGCUGGCUCGCCACGAGCACCUUUCCUAUACACAACGCGCACGCUAAUCAGGAAGUUCUGAAAAGAUAACCUGACUGUUCUCUGCACAAAUAGUUG